UCUAUUAAACUCGAGCUUCAAACAGCAAAGCAUCAUAUUUGGCAGUAGAAAAUGGCCGAAACGUCGGAGACGAACUGGGUUGUAGAAGUCGGUGAGCUUCUCCGGCGAGACGGUCUUCGAAUGGCUUUAGAAACUCCAACUUCCAUCUUCAAGCUGCCAGAUUCAGUAACAAACCCACAAGCUUAUACCCCUUCUCGUCUGCUUCUUGGGCCAUUUCAUGAGCUCAGCCAUGAGCUUCACAAAAUGGAGAUCUUCAAGCUAGAGCAAGCAAAAGUGACCAAGGAAAGAUUUCAGCUUCCUGAGCUCACUCUAAUGGUGGAUCAACUCAAGGAAUUAGAGGUCCCGAUUCGAGCCUCCUAUGGCGCAAAUUUGGCUAUCGACUCGGACGCUUUGGCUUCGAGAAUCCUCAUUGAUGGCCUGUUCUUGAUUCAGUUGUUGCAAAUCUCUGCAGAUGAAAAAAAUGAUGAAGGAUCGUCUGAUUGGCUUCAUAAUCGACGACAUAAGCUCGAAUUGCCAGUUUUCAACGAGCAAGAAUUGUAUCUAAAACUCGAGGGAAACAUGGCGACAUUGACCCGGAACGAGAUACUAAAAGAUUUACUAAAGCUCGAGAAUCAAAUUCCAAUACAAGUACUCAAAAGGGUAUUACCAAAAGAUUUCACUGAAAAUUUGCCUAUUUUGUUCUACAAAUUCUGCGUGUUCGUCUCACCAUUAUCACUGCCUUCAGCCGACAAAUUUACAACAUCUAAUGACAAUGUAUUCCUUAAUUUGUCCGAAAUUCUGGACCAAUCUCAACAUUUGCUUCACUUCUUCUACGCUUUACUUUACUACCAAAGGUUCUUGGCUUACAUGCCAAGCCAAGAUUACAGGUCUGGAUCUUUGUUCGUCGAGUUAUUGAAUUUGUUGGCUAAAGUUGUUCAAGUUGGCGUUGUUCAGCAGCUGGUUGAAGCUGUGGGUUUGAUCCAAAGCUUAAUUGGGAUGCUUGGGAAAAUCCAUCACUCAUCGCCAUUCGAAACCGAAACCUCCCCCGGAUUUCCUUCAGCUACGAAACUGAGAAAAGUCGGAGUAAAAUUCCGCGGCGGCGAUGGCGGCGGGUUCAACGACGAAUCCGCCACUCUAACACUGCCCAUCGUCACAAUUAACGAUUUCUACGAAGUAAUAUUAAGAAAUUUGGUGGCAUUUGAAGUCGAAGCGAAGUUGAAUCCAAGUAGUUUAUCGCAUUACGUGAAAUUAAUGAAUGGACUGAUUGCUACAACGAAAGAUGUUGGGAUUCUCAAACGAGCUGGGAUUAUCGUCAGUGGUCGUUCGGGCGAUGAAGACGAUGUCGUAAAGCUGUUCAAGGACCUUGGAAAUGUUGUCGUGAAAGGGGGUUUUGAUUCAGAAGAGGGUCGGUCCAAUUUCGAGUCGUUUAUGAAUUUUGAACGUCGGAUCGGUGAAGAAAUUGUUAAGUACUAUGAAGGUCGAUGGAUGGUUAAAGGGGAAAGAUUUGUGAAGAGAUAUGUUUUUCCUGUGCUGCAAGGCUUGAUGAUAUUGGUGGUUGUAGUUCUUAUUCUUAUUGUGGCUAUACGCACAGUUUGUGGUUGGUUUAGUUGUCCUAAGAUCAUGGGACAUAGGAUUAUUAGCUCAGCAUAUGAUAUGCUUUAGUUUAAUUUUUUUAUUUCCUUCUUAUGCUUUCA